AUGACAAGUGCUGGUCCAGACGAUUAUGAUGAGGAAGAACCCAUAGAAGACAUCGACCCGGACAGGAUUGUAUUUAAUAUUAGUAAAACACCAUAUGGUGUUAAAGUAAUAUGGAGAGUUGCAAAUAAUAAUGCGGACCCUCAGUGUUUUAACACAGAAGUGCAGUACAAGCGCCAAUGUGAGAAAGACUGGGAGAGAAGUCACAGGAUCAAACUUCAAAAUAAUCAAGAGGAGAAUCAUUUAAACUUGUCUACUUUAAGCACGAAGAUGAAUUAUGAUUUCAGAAUAAGAAUGAAGUAUGAGUGUUUGGAAAAGGACUGGAGCAACUGGACAAAAGUACAAAGUUGGGGAAACAAUAAAGAUGUCUGUAUGGUGAAAUCAUCUUACUACAUAUGGGUUUACAUUUUGAUAAUCAUGCUGCCACUGAUUACCUUUCUUCUCUUUUGUCUGCUGAUUCAACAAAGAAUUAGAAAACUGCUUCUUCCUGAAGUACCAGAUCCCAAACACUUAAAACAUAAAAUCAUGGACACUGAGCAGUUUCAGUGGUGGGGAAACCUUACGCAGAGGAAUGAAGAUUGCCCAACCACAGACGUUGAGAUUAUUGACAAAAGUGAAAGCGAAGAGGUUCAUCAAACUUUGGUAACACAACCCACAGACACCAUCCCCGAGCAACAUGACAGCAUGUACUACAUUUACUCCUCUGAAACGCUUGGUGAAAACACAGAUCUGCAAUACUCGAAGAGUGUGUUAGGGUACAUCGCUCUUGAGGACUACAACAAAUGA